AUGAUCCUGGAGAGAAUUAUCUGGAUCUGCAUCACCUUCUGUACUGCAUCUGUUAGACUCCUCGUAGGGAGUAGCUGGAAGCAGGCAGCUGCCAGUCCCAUCAUCCAGCAUAAACCAUUUGUUGUAGUGUGGAAUUUACCUACAAGCAGAUGUCAAGAGGAUUUUGGGAUCAGAUUACCUCUGGAAGUCUAUGGCAUUGUGGAGAACAAAGGCAAUGCGUUCCAGGGACAAAAUAUGACUAUUUUUUACAAAAACAAGUUUGGACUGUAUCCCUACAUCUCUCCACUAGAGGGGGACUGGCAUAAUGGGGGGAUCCCUCAGAAGGUUAAUCUGAAGAGACAUCUAGAGAAAGCCACUAAGGAAAUCACACAACUCUUGAACAAUGACUUCCAAGGUCUGGCAGUAGUAGACUGGGAGGAGUGGCGACCUCUCUGGAGACGAAACUGGGUGCCGAAAAUGGUUUAUAGGGAGGCCUCUAAACAAUGGGUGAGGAAAAGAUUUCGUGGACUCUCUCCUGAGGAGCAAACUCACUUAGCUAAGGUAGAGUUUGAAGAGGCCGCACGGGUGCUGAUGGAGGUUACUCUAGUUCUGGGAAAGAAGCUAAGGCCACAUGGUUUUUGGGGCUUCUACAGAUUUCCUGAUUGCUUCAACGACAAAUGGGGGAAAGUGGAGAACUAUACUGGCCAAUGUAAUCCGAAGGAGGUCAUGUGGAAUAAUCAGCUCAUGUGGUUGUGGAAGAUCUCCUCAGCCCUCUAUCCCAGUAUCUACCUUCCACUGAAAGUACCAACUUUGUACCGCCAGCAUUAUGUACAUCACCGUCUUGGAGAGGCAUUCCGUGUGGCACAGUUUGGCACAGAGCAUCUCCUUCCUGUGUUACCAUAUUCCAGGGUUUCCUACAGGCGUUCUUCAAAGUAUCUAACUGAGGCUGACCUGAUAAAUACAAUUGGAGAAAGUGCAGCACUUGGCAGUGCUGGGGUUGUACUCUGGGGCGACCUCUCCUACUCCCGGUCACUUGAGAGCUGCAAGAGUCUUCACCAUUAUAUCACUACCACACUGGGACCUUACAUCGCUAAUGUGACUGCAGCAGCAAACAGAUGUAGUCGCCAGCUAUGCCAUGGGAAUGGACGUUGUGUGAGAUGCGACCCCAGUGAAUUAGGAGCCUUUCUCCAUUUGGACCAUCAGCUACGGGAAGGGGACUUUGGGAUAACAGAUUUUCAAGACCAAAAUGUAUCAAUGCAAGAUCACUUUCAGUGUCAAUGCUAUCCAAAGUGGGCUGGCACCCACUGUGAGAGGCCACAGAGGAUAGAGCCCUUUGAGAUAGCAAAACCUAACCAAGCUUCACAUUAUAACAAUGUGUAUGAUGCAGUGGAUGAUGGUGACUGUGACUUGGGAUCAAAUAUCUGUCCUACCUCCAUUUACGGUAAAGAAACAGGAAGAUAACGAUUUCUCCAAAAGCAGCACUUUAUUGAGUAGGAAUCUUGAUAAGUUUUAUUCUAGGGAGUGAAUGUUUCCUGAUAACUUGAAGAGAAUAACAGAAUUCUUGAAUUAUGUUUGGACAAUUUGGAUAUCUUUCUUUUACCUCAUAUUUUCUCUCUCUUGUCCUUACUUACAUCUAAUCUUAGCACGAACAUGUUCCGGUAAUAGCUGUACCCUCUUGACAAUGUCUUAUUCUUGCCCCAGUUCCUAAGGGAGACAGGCUUAAGUCUUUUGCUGUACUUGUGUUAGAGUAAAUCUAGCAGGGAAUGUAUCUUAAUUCUACUUUUCUGACUAUACUAGACGUGAUGGAGAGAGGAUGGGGAAAUGAAUUGCCCAAUAAGACUGGCAUUCAGCCAGUUCAUAUUCUGUCUUUCCCCUUUAUAUCAUGACACAGAGUUGAUGGAUGUGUGGAUCUCUGUAUCACAUAUGCUCUGUCAUAAUUAUUUUUCUCUGUCUCUCUUUGACAAAAAGCAUACAAUUGUAUGCCAACAAAGUAGGUUGAAAGCACAUCAUCUCAGCCCAUUGUCAGGUUGUAUUUUUUUUAUUUUUCUCCCAAACUAUUUAUUGGGUUCACUUAAUAGAGCACCUCAUGCAAGACUCGGAGGCCUUUUGGUCAUCUCACCAAGUAGAGACGAUCAAAGUCCUCCAAGUCUUGCA